CAUUGGGUUGAUUCGUGUCACUGAUCGGAAGAAUGGAGAAUAACUGAAAGACCGACGGCUUUGUAUAUACGUUUCUUCUUCAACUGUCCUCUGUUUCUUCUUUAUUUCGUCAAUUGGUUUCAAAUCGCUCAUAUAUAUCACAUCACAUCAACUAACAACAUGGCAACCUCAACGCUCCACGCAGCGAACCUCUUCAAUGUUAACGGGCUCGUUGCCGUUAUCACGGGUGGUGGAACAGGUAAGUCUAAUUCUUCCUCCCGUUCUGUACUUUGCUAAUACCAAAAAUCCUAGGUAUCGGCUUGAUGAUGACCCGAGCGCUCGCUCUCAAUGGUGCCGCUAAGGUGUACAUUAUCGGCCGCCGAAAGGAAGCUCUUGAAGCUGCUGCCUCUUCCGUAGAAACAGGCAAUGUCAUUCCGAUAGUCGGUGAUGUGACCGAUAAAGAAGCUCUAGCUUCGAUCGUCUCGAGGAUCGAGUCCGAAGUAGGAUACAUCAAUCUUCUAGUAGCCAAUUCCGGCAUGGCUGGUCCUCAAGUCACAAGCCCCCCCACUGCAUCUUCCUCCCUCUCUGAGUUCACUUCCGCAUAUGGUAGUCCUAGUGUGUCGGACGUGAUUAAAACCUUUGAGUUGAAUACAGUUGCCGUUUAUUUCUCUGUCAUGGCUUUCUUGGAUUUGUUGGACAAGGGUAAUAAGAAAGGGAAUGUCGAGCAGACGAGUCAGGUUAUUACUACUGGCUCUAUUGCUGGGUUUAACAAAAAUAUACCUGGAACGUUUAUCUACGGGCAAACCAAAGCUGCUACGACACAUAUGAUGAAGCAAUUGAGUACACAAUUAGUGCCGUACGAUAUUAGAUGCAAUACUAUCGCACCUGGUUGUACGUUGCAUAUCACAGCUUUUAACUUUGUUCUAAGAAAAACAUGCUAACCGAAUUUAGUAUUCCCUUCUGAGAUGGCUGCUGGAAUGAUCGGUAAUGGGGUUUUUCCCAGAGAGAGAAUUCCAUUGCAAAGAGUAGGCACGGAGGAAGAUAUGGCCGGCUGUAUUCUCUUUUUGGCAUCGAAGGCAGGGGCUUAUUGUACUCACGCUCUUAUUGUGGUUGACGGAGGCCGGUUGGCUAUCCAGCCUAGUACUUAUUAGGUUCAUGAACAAAUGACUAAGGCUGUGUAGAAAGUUACAGGAGAUAGAGUAGACACAUGGAGCUUGUUGGUUUAUACUAAAAAUUACUAUGGUCAUGUUGUUGGCGUUACCUACGCACAUAUGAAUAUGAGGUUGGUGGAAUUAUAUAAGUUGUUACACUCGAGAUGGCGUAGUUACAUUGAGCAAUCUAAGAAAAACGGGUACAUGCACUAAAAUGUCGCUACAUGGUUCGACAUCAAGAUAGCUAUAGCUUACCAACAACCUAUCCCCAAC